AUGCAUUACAUUUUAACAAGGGCCAACUUGCCCCCAGUUACAGAUGGAGGCAGUUUUGCGGAUUUACCACCUGUGCAUCCGACAUCUGUCAACACGCUUACGAGCCUCCCACCAGGAGGUCCUUUUAAUUCGGCAACAAUAGGGGGUACCUCAGGGGCCGCAACCAUUACAGCCUCUCAUCUGACACGAUCAAGAGGCAGUAUGGGAGCGGCUGAUCGACCCCAAUCCUCAACAAUGUCUUCUAUGACCUCUUCGAGUUAUGGCGGUCAUAGAAGACCCCUAAGUCUUGCCGAAGCACCCCUGAUUAGUGCCCCUCAUACUGGGUCCACAUCAGCAACUGCAACACCAUCUACUCCUAGUACCAGCUUUUUCCGAACCUUGCCAUCUUCGAAGAAGAAGAAGAAUAAUCGAAAGGUACUGAAACCCCCUAUUCAAUACUAG